CCUCAUCCGGGUCCUGGGGCGGGCUCUCGUGGGGCUGGUGCACCUGGAGUAGUGCGCCGGCCUGCGCGUGGCCGUGCGCGUUGCGGGCGUGGCACACGUACACCCCGGAAUCGGGCAGCCGCGCUGCCUGGAUGCGCAGCGUCAGGCUCGCACCCUGGUCAUCGGCGCCGCGGCCCGGCUCCAGCGCGAAGUGGCUGCUGUCCCACACUUCGUCCAAGGCCAUCCCAUCCUUCUCCCAGUACAGCUUGGGCUCCGGGAGGCCUCCCACCUGGCACGUCAGCACCACCUCCGCCCCGCGCAACACCCACUGGGACUGGGGCCCCGUUAGGAACACCGGGGCGCUCUCCCCGGUGCCCGGAGGUUGCAGCGGGCAAUCAGAGGACUGGGGCUCUGGCUCUGGAGCGGGAGGCUCCAGGACGGUCACCGCGGCCGCCGCGUAGGCCUCUCCAGCCGCGUUGCGGGCGCGGCACACGUAGACCCCGGCGUCGGUGGGCAGCGCGCCGCUCAGCAGCAGGCUGUGCUCGGCGCCGUCCUCCGGGAAGCUCAGGCGCUCGGAGGCCACCAGCUGCUGCCCGCCUUUCUCCCACAAGACAGUGGGCGGCGGCUCCCCCAGGACCACGCAUUUGAGCUCGGCCUCGGCGCCACUUACCACCCGCACGGGCCGCGGGAAGCGCAGGAAACACGGGGGGCUCCCCUGAUCCCCUGAUCCGGCCUUCAUCGCGGCCGCUGCAGAUGGCCUGCCUGGGCGCGCGGGAAGGCCGGGAGCCGAGACUGGAGCGUGGCGGAGCAGGCGCGGGGACCCGUGGAACUCCGGUGCCCUCCGGUGUCCGCUCGCCUCCUUCCCCUCGACCCGAUCUGCAGCCCUGCAGCGCGGCGAUUCCCGGGCCCAGAGCCCAGAGCUCAGAGCUCAGGGGGCAGUCCUUCCUGUUUGCUAGUGCAGCGAGGGGCCCUGCAGCCUAGUCUGCCCGCGGCCUGGCUUCCUGCUCCCGGGAGCCUCUCUUCCCAGCCCCCUCCCACAGCCUGGGCCUCUUCCCCCUCCUCCCUCCCACCUCCAGCCGCCAGGUCCCAACUGCCGGCCAGGCUUGGGCCUGAGUGGCAGAGGCGCCUGCAGCUGCCAAUCCCAAAAAUAUUCUCUGAUGACACAGCUGGAGGACAAGGGCCCAGACUGGCUCCUCCAGGCUAAGUAUAGAGCAGGCGGGACCACCUGCCCUCGGCCCAGAGCCCCAGCCCCAGGUCUUCCCUCCCACGUUGGCCUUAACAGCUGCUGUGGUUGAAAGUAGCCCCAGAAAGUCUGAGGGGGUUGGUGCAUUCUGUCUUCCUGACAAAUGACACUUUUAGGAACUCAUGACUGGCCAACCUUAGCACCCAGUCACCUGUGGUACCUGAUGCCGACUCUUGGUGUGUGUGUAUGUGUGUGUGUGUGUGUGUGUGUGUGUGUGUGUGUGUGUGUUUGAGGGAUGGGUUGUAUGCUUGCAUGAAUGGGUCAGGUCACCUGGGGUGAACACCCUCCACAGCCCCUUCCCCCACAUUCUUGGCGGGAGUGGGAGAUAAGGCUCAGGGCCACAGACAUCUGCGUCAGAGAUAGGAGGUCUCAAUGCCAUGGGCAGGGGCAACUGGGACUGUAGGCCGUGGGAAGGACUGGGGGAGACUGGGUUGAGGAGGUUAGAAGAAGGCAGGCAGUGGGAUGGGAAGGGGACAGUGGGGAGGUCCUGGACAGAAGGGGCACAGGAGAGGGUGUGGGUUCCCUGUAGUCAGGGCCAAGUGAACUAUGGUGAUCCAGCCAUCCCUCUUGCUCCUUCUGCUGUUGACCCUACAGGAUGGGGACAGCUGCCAGGGGCCAGAACUGGUGCGGGAGCUUGUCCUGGCCAAGGUGAAGGCCCUGAUCCUGGAUGCCUUGGGCCCCCCAGCCAUGGCUGGGGAAGGUGGGAGUCCCGAAAUAAGGCGGCUGCCUCGAAGACACGCCCUUGGGGGCUUCAUGCACAGGACCUCUGAACCAGAGGAGGAGGAUGUCUCCCAGGUCAUCCUUUUUCCAGCCACAGGUGCCACCUGCGAGGACCAGCCAGCUGCUGGAGGGCUUGCCCAGGAGGCUGAAGAAGGUCUCUUCACUUACGUAUUCCGGCCAUCCCAACACACACGCAGCCACCAGGUGACUUCAGCCCAGCUGUGGUUCCACACGGGGCUAGACAGGAAGAACACAGUGGCCUCCAAUAGUUCUAGGCCCCUUCUAGACCUGCUGGUGCUAUCAUCUGGAGGGCCCACGGCUGUGCCUGUGACCUUGGGACAGGGCCCUGCUCGCUGGGCUGUACUGCACCUGGAGGCCUCCGCUCUCCCUCUGCUGACCCACCCCAUCCUGGUAUUGCUGCUUAGAUGCCCACUCUGUUCCUGCUCAGCCCGGCCCGAGACCACGCCUUUCCUGGUGGCCCACACUAGGGCUAGACCACCCAGUGCGGGGGAGAGGGCCCGCCGUUCGACCCCCUCGAUGCCCUGGCCUUGGUCUCCUGCCGCUUUGCGCCUGCUGCAGAGGCCUCCAGAGGAACCAGCUGCGCAUGCCCACUGCCAUCGCGCUGCGCUCAACAUCUCCUUCCAGGAGCUGGGCUGGGACCGCUGGAUUGUGCACCCCCCUAGUUUCAUCUUCCAUUACUGCCAUGGUAGCUGUGGGGUGCCCGCAUCUGACCUGCCCCUGCCGCCGGUCCCUGGCGUUCCCCCUACCCCUGCUCAGCCCCUGUUUUUGGUGCCGGGGGCCAAGCCCUGCUGUGCCGCUCUACCAGGGAGCAUGAGGUCCCUUCGUGUCCGAACCACCUCAGAUGGAGGUUACUCUUUCAAGUAUGAGAUGGUACCCAACCUGAUUACACAACACUGUGCUUGUAUCUGAAAGCGUCUUGUUUCCUCAUCCCACAGCCAAUGACCACCGUCAUCAGUCAGGAGGAAAGUUACACUUUUUUGUCUGAGGGCACCAUUCCCUAUUCCCUCCUGAUCCUGAGGAUAACAAUAAAUAAAGACGAGUGUGUGACUUAG